UGCGUUUCGUCCAUUAUUUUUUGUGACCUUCUCAUCGCCGGCCGUCUUCUUUCUGGGCCGCCGUUCCGUUGACCUCGGGACCAAGUGGAUCUGAGCGACGACUCACCCCGCCGGUAGGUGCUUGCCACUGGCUACCUAGUAGUAUAUGCCUAUAUCUACUUCCGUACCACGACCAUGGACAGGCAGAGCCGCGAAUGCAAUACAACUCAACACGGCCGAUCUUGAGCGCCGGCGAGCGAGCCCUGCCCGUCGAUGUCGAUCGCCGGUCGUAGCCUGGCCGCCGUCUUCAAGCGCCUCCUCCAGUUCACUGUCAUCUCUGUUGCCAUAGCUGUUGCCGUGCAGCCUCUGACGUCCUCGCUGCCGCCUCCUGUCGACCCUCACGCUAAGCUCGCCCGUGGCGGCGGGUGGGAUGCGGCGCUCCUCGACCCGCUCGACGCCGGCCUCCGCUCGGAGAUACUCAGGUAUGGCGACCUCGCGCAGGCCACCUACGACGCCUUCGACGGCCGCCACUGGUCCAAGAACUGCGGCACCUGCCUCCACGGCCUCCGUCGCAUGCUCCCGGCCCUCGGGCUCGCCGGCCACGGGUACGUCGCCACCGCGUUCAUCUACACAACCUGCGACGUCGAUAUCCCCCGGUGGCUCAUGUCGCGGCUCCACGCCGACGCCUGGGACGACCACGCCAACUGGGCCGGGUACGUCGCGGUCGGCGGCGCGGAGGAGGCCAGCCGGGUCGGGCACCGGGACGUCGUCGUCGUGUGGCGCGGCACGAUGGCGGCAGAGGAGUGGUUCAUGGACCUGAGGACGGGCCUCGUGCCGUUCGACGCCGCCGACGGCGACGGCGCCAUGGUGGCCGAGGGGUUCCACACCUUGUACACGUCCAGCAACGCCGGGACCAAGUACGGCGCGCGCAGCGCCCGUGACCAGGUCGCCGACGAGCUCAAUCGGCUUGUGGACUACUUCGGGAAGCGCGGCGAGAAGGUCCACGUCACCUUCACGGGGCACAGCCUCGGCGGCGCGCUGGCCCUGCUCUCCGCCAGGGACGCCGCGGCGGCGCACCCGGGCGUCCCCGUCCGCGCCGUCACCUUCUCCGCGCCGCGCGUCGGCAACAGGGCCUUCUGCGACGGGCUCUCGUCGCGCAACGUCAGCGUCCUGCGCGUCGUCGUCAACACCGACCUCGUGCCGACCGUCCCCCGGACAGCGCUCGAGGCCUCCGUCUCCGGAGUGCUGGGCGGCCUGUGGGCGCUGGUUGGACUCCGGCAGGCGUUCGAGUACGUGCACGUCGGCCACGAGCUCGCGUUGAACGUCUCCAAGUCGCCGCACCUCAAGGGCUCUCACGACCCGGUGGGGUCUCACAACCUGGAGCUGUGCUUGCACCUGCUGGACGGCCACGAGAGCGCCGCCGGCGAAUUCCGGCGGGAGGACGGUGCGCCGCGGCGUGACGUGGCGCUGGUGAACAAGCGUUCGGCGAUGCUGAGCGACACGGAGGGCAUUCCGGAGAAGUGGAGCCAGAUGGCGAACAAGGGGCUCGAGCGCGACGGCUCCGGCCGGUGGGUGCUGCCGGCGCGGGAGCGCGACGACAUGCCGGCGAACGACGUGCUGCCGCUGUCGGAGCUGGACUAACGCGUCGGAUGAUCUGCCUGUGUGUGCUACUACUCUUAAGUGUCAAUUUGCUUAGUGUGAUGAUGUAUUGAUGUGUUAGUAAUUACUAGUUUGUUCGUAAACUGUACAUUUGCAAGCUUCUUAAUUAGGGUAAAACAAUUAUUUUACUCUAAAAAAACUAAAAUUGCAACCGUGAAUCCAGUGUUUUGAUCAUAAUCAGAAAAACUGCAAUUUAACUCCCAACACCAAUUUGUUCACCAUGUCAUAUUGGCCCAGUUUUUUUGGUUGAUUCUCCUAUAAUCUUGAGAACCCAGUU